GGGGAGGAGGAGAGAGAGAGAGAGAAGUGGUGACAUAUUUCGCAUUUUUCUCUCGUAUUUCUCCUGGUGAGGCUGCAGGAGCACUCCCCCCCACCCACAGCACUGCCCCCUCCCCUCCACCCACAGCACCACCCCCUGAAGAAACUCGUGUCUAAUUGGUAACACUGCAAUGUGAUCCUCUAGAGACAAUUGUAGUGGUGAUGGUGGUGGUGGUGGUGGUAGGAACCCAGCACCAAGCACCACCGACAGUGAAGCACCAGGCGGCAGUGAAAUAGUGCUGGUGUGGUGCAUUAAGGAUGGUGACUGAAUAGUGACAAUGGUGAUGCAGUGCUGUGACUUGUGACUUCACCAUGAGACAAAGAACAGAGGUUUUUGAACGCAGCAUUAUUAGCACAGCCUUUACAGUAAAACACAGCCUUGUAUAGCAUUUUUAACACUCCACACAGUCUUCACAGCACAGCAUUUUUAAUAGCCUUCACAACACAGCCCUUACAGCCUUCACUAUAUAGUCUAACACAGCCUAUUUAACAGCCUAACACAGCCUUUUUAACAGCCUUCACAACACAAGCCUUUUUAAUAGCCUUCACAGCAUAGCCCAAAACAGCCUUUUUUAACAGCAUUCAUAAUAGCAUUCACAACAGCACACAGCCUUUUUAACAGCCUUCACAACAGCAUUUUUAACACCACUCAUUAUACACCCUCACACAGCACACAGCCUUCACAUCACAGCCCAACACAGCCUGACAAGCAGUGAGUGGCCAUGACUGUUACUAUUACCUAAGGCCACUGUGAACUUGGCCAUGGCAGGGAGUGAUGGGUUGGUGCAGAGGAGUGUGGGUGGCCGGGGGGUGGCAGAGGGCAGCGGCAGGACAGACAGGCCAAGCAGGACAGGCAAAACAAGCAGGACAAACACAGCGUUCCCAUGUGAGGAGUGUGGCCGAGUGUUCCAUCGUCGCAGCAAUUUGUCACGUCACCAGCGGCUACACAGCGGUGAACAGCCUUACCAAUGUCCGCAGUGCCACCGUCUCUUCACCCACCACAGCACUCUGCAGCACCACCUUAGGCUACACAGCGGGGAGAGGCCUUACCAGUGUUCUGUGUGCCUCAGAACCUUCCGUCAACGUCCUAAUUAUUCACUGCACCUCAAGACACACACAGGAGAGAAGCCCUUCCGUUGCCCAGCCUGUGGUAAGGAGUUUGCCCAGCGUGUCCACCUCACCACACACGCCCGACUGCACUCCGGGGACCUGCCUUAUGAGUGUGAGGACUGCGGCAGGAGGUUCUCACAGCGCUGCCACCUCACACGUCACAGAGGCACCACAGCAGGGCAGCCAGAGCGUGUUUGUGGGUUGUGUAGCAGGAAGUUUGUGUCCCAGUCAUGUCUUAAUGUACAUCUAAAGAGGAUCCAUGGAGGGGUGCACUGUGGGGAUAAGCAAGAGGAGGACAAGGAUGUGGGUGGUGUGAGGAGUAAGCUGCAGGGUGGAGGUGCAGGUGGAGGCAGGAGUAAAGUGAGGGCCAAGGUGGAAUGCGAGGUGUGCCACAAAAUUUUCCGCAAGCCGUCACAUCUCCGCCACCACCAAUACACGCACACCGGGGAGCGACCUUACCCUUGUCCACAGUGUGGCCGCAGGUUCUCCGAGGCCGGCAGUCUGCGGCGCCACAUGACCUCACACAUUAGAGCACACAUCAGCCUUUCUCACCCCGUCACACCUACACCAAACACACCAAACACCACACAAUACCUAAACUCACAGCCUAUACACCAAAAUAGACACUCGAGUUUAUCUGGGGACAUUGAGAAAAGCUUACAGGACACCCCAGGAAACCCCCAUAACAUUAACAACAAAGAGAUAGAAUUAAGUCACACUAGUUACCUGAGCUCACAGUCUAUACCCCUAAACAGACACUCAAGUUUAUCUGGGGACAGUGAGAAAGGUUUACAAGACCCAGGAAACCCCCAUAGCAUUAAUAGUGAAGAGAGACAGGGCAUUGGUGGCAGUGAUAGAAGUGUUUAUAUCCCUAGAGAGUUUAAAGAAGGGUGUAUAAAGACAGAUAAGGAUUCAUUAAGCUGUGUUAUAGAGAAAGAAGGUAGGACAAGUUUAGCGCAGUCUUGUUCCCUUCUUCCCCAGCCUUAUGUGGCAGUGAGUCUGUUUCUGUUUGGGAAGAGGGUGAAAGAGGAGGCUGGAAUGGAGGAAGGAGAAGAGAUGAGUGUGAAAGAGGAGCUGGAUUUGAUAGAAGAAGCUGUUUAAAGUAUGAGAAGGGAUGAAAUAAAGAAGGGUGAGUCUUUAUGCUUGGGAAGAGAGUGAAACAGGAAGUCAGAAUGGAGGAAGGAGAUUUGUGUACGAUUAGACCAUUUUACCGACAUUAGGAAGGGUCUAUGGAGGUCAGAAGAUUAAUAGCCACAGUCUUCACUAUUCUAACCCCUUCACUACUGGGACCCCUUCUUACUUUGAGAUUUGUGUACGAUUAGAUCCAUUUUAUUGACAUUACAAAGGAUCUAUGGAGGUCAGAAGAUUACCAGCCACAACCUCCACUAUUUUAAUCCCACAUGGGUUUCUGAAGCUGUAUAAAAUCACCAAAUAAUCACCAGAAUGGCUAUGGAAAUGUGUCAUGGUACUCAACUGUUUAAAGUGUGAUAGCUAAGCGUUAGUGUUACAAAAGUGCUUUAGUAAGUUACGUGUUAGUGAGGUGGUGUGAUUCUAUGGCUGUGUGUUCAUUCUAUCCUUUGUAAUGCAUCAUUCACCCUGCUGUCUGUCUGUCUGUCUGUCUGUUUUGUCUGUGUUACUCUGUGUAUCUGUAUCUAUUCCUUUCUACUUGCAUCUAUUUGUCUAUCUAUCUACUUCUGGUCUCUCUCUCUCUCUCUCUCUCUUCUCGCUUCUCUCUUCUCUCUCCCUUUCAAUCUCUUUCCCUCCUCCUGCAGUACUACUAAGGAGAAUUACCCCAAGGUUCACUGCAAGAUCUGGUAACACUGCUUGUCAUUCAGCUGUACACUAAACAAAUCUGUCCCUUGAGUCACUGAUAAAGCUGUAUCUAUAUUUUGUAUGUGAAAUAAACACACUGAGAACCAA